AUGCGUAUGUGUCUGACCGCUGACAUCGGCGGUUACUACACGGGCGCCAUCGAGGAGGGCCGUGACCAGUUCGGGCUCAAGGGCGAUUUCGUGACGUCGCCCGAGAUUUCUCAAGUCUUUGGUGAGCUCUGCGGCAUCUGGUUCGUGGCCGAGUGGAUGGCCCAGGGCCGCCAGAGCAAGGGCGUCGAGUUGAUCGAGGUCGGGCCCGGCCGCGGCACUCUGAUGGACGAUAUGCUGCGAACCAUCCGGAGAUUUCCCGCCAUGGCAAACAGCAUCGACGCCAUCUACAUGGUCGAGGCUAGUCCGGAACUCCGAGUAGCCCAGAAAAACCUCCUCUGCGGCGAGGACGCCCCCAUGACCGAAUCCAAGGUCGGCUACCACAGCGUGUGCAAGUACAACGCGCUGCCCAUUGUAUGGACCGAGACAAUCAAGUCAAUUCCUAUCGCCGCCGAGAAGAUGCCCUUCAUCAUGGCCCACGAGUUCUUUGACGCCCUCCCCAUCCACGCCUUCCAGCUCGUCUCGGUCCCAGCCACCCAGACCACCUCGCCCUCGCCAACCGACACCUCCUCCCCAUCCACCAAAACCUCUCACCCAACCCUCCAAUGGCGCGAGCUUCUCGUCUCUCCCACACCGCCCAACUCAACCCACGCCACCCUGAACACGCCCCCUUCCCAAUCCCGCGACACCCCACCCCCCGACUUCCAACUAACCCUCUCCCAACAACCGACCCGCCACUCCCUCUACCUACCCGAAUCCUCCCCGCGCUACCGCGCGCUAAAAACCAAUGUCGGCUCCGGUGCCCUCGUCGAAAUCUGCCCCGACGCAGCCCUCUACGCAUCCGACUUUGCGUCCCGCAUCGGCGGCUCCCCGCAGCACCCCAAACCGCGCCCCUCGGGCGCGGCACUGAUCCUCGACUACGGCCCCGGCGACGGCUCCGUCCCGACCAACUCUUUGCGCGGCAUUCGCCGGCACCGCCGCGUGAGCCCCUUUGCCGAGCCCGGCCUGACCGAUCUGUCUGCCGACGUGGAUUUCGCGGCGCUCGCCGAGGCGGCCACGCGCGCGAGCGACGGAAUCGAGGUGCACGGCCCUGUCGCGCAGGCGGACUUCUUGGAGGUCAUGGGGAUACGGGAGAGGGUGGAUAUGUUGGCUAGGGCUAUGAUGGAUGAUGGUGAGCUACGGGCGGGGGAUGAUGAGGAGGAGGGGAAGAGGAAAAAGGUGGAGGAUGUGAGAAAGGCUUCCGCCAGAUUGGUGGAUAGGGGACCCGGGGGGAUGGGCAAGGUGUACAAGGCGCUGGCCAUCUUGCCCGAGAAUGAGGGGCGUAGAAGGCCGGUUGGGUUUGGGGGGGAUGUUGCUGCUUAG